UACCUAUUUUGUUUGGAAAAAAAGAAAUAAAACAAAGAGAUUGGGUGUCAAAGAGUUCCACAGGCAAACGUGCAUCCACGAAACCAAAACGUCGAUAAAUCAACCACCACCCACCAUUCGUCCGUCGUAUACGACGGUGCCGUCAAUCAUCGCCGACUCAACUCCACUCCUAGUAAAUUUGAACGUCCCUUCAAGAUUUACACCACGAAGCUGAGCUGCUUAAUCUCAGAAAUUUAAUGUAGAGGAGAGAGAAGGAAGAAAACAGAAGGAAAGUUAUCCCCAAAAGAAACCAAAUAAUUUUGAAGGUCAGAGAGUAAAAGAGAGUGAUCGAUCUGCUUCAAUAAAUCGCAUCCUCUUUUCUUUUUUUCGUUUGAAUUAUCUUCUUCUUCACUCAACCGGAAUGGGUUUAUGGGAAGCUCUUCUCAAUUGGCUUCGAAGCCUCUUCUUCAAGCAGGAAAUGGAGCUCUCUUUGAUAGGGCUCCAGAACGCUGGAAAAACUUCACUCGUAAACGUUGUUGCUACUGGUGGAUAUAGCGAAGACAUGAUCCCUACGGUGGGAUUUAAUAUGAGAAAAGUAACAAAAGGAAACGUGACCAUAAAACUAUGGGAUCUUGGAGGUCAACCACGAUUUCGUAGCAUGUGGGAGAGAUAUUGUCGUGCAGUUUCCGCCAUUGUUUAUGUUGUUGAUGCAGCGGAUCAUGAAAAUCUGAGCAUUUCAAAAAGUGAACUCCAUGAUCUGAUUAACAAACCAGCCUUGAGUGGUAUUCCUUUACUUGUUCUUGGAAACAAGAUUGAUAAGACUGGUGCGCUCUCCAAGGAGGCGUUGACCGAUCAAAUGGGGUUGAGAUCGAUUGGUGAAAGAGAAGUGUGUUGCUUUAUGAUUUCUUGCAAGAACUCGACGAAUAUAGAUUCGGUGAUUGAUUGGCUUAUAAAGCAUUCAAAAUCUAAAAGUUGAAGAAGAUGAUGAUAAGGAAAGGGGAAUGUUUGACUGAAGAAGGAUGGGAUUUUUGGUGGUGAUUUGGUUUGCAUAGUUGAUUUAUUAUUACACUCUAUUUUGUUCUUGAUUGAUGUGUAUAACUUCUAUGUUCUAGAGGAAGAGUAAACUCUACGGUUUUAGUAAUUUUUAACUCGAGACUUGAGGUAUUGUUUGUUUCUUUGAA